AUCAGUUUGUGAGACUCAUUUGGCUGUUGUUGUUGAAAAUUUAUUAGUUUUUAGCUUUAAAAUGAGGAAUUUUAGUGUAAUUUUAGUUGUGCUGGCUGUUCAAGUAGUUUAUGGACAUUAUCAAGGUCCAUUUUUGUUAUGGGGAGUCGAGAAUCUUAAUGAAAUGAAGAUUCCAGCUUUACAAGCAAUUGAGGAUCAGAACCUGCAAGAUAUUUACACAAAAGCCUCGGCAAUCGUUAUCUUCAUCAGAAAUGCAACUACAAAGCUAAGUUAUGAGAACUUCCCAGAAUUAUCUGACAUAAUAAACAAGAAUGAGUGGCUGUACCUUCCACAAGAGCUCCUGUCAUCAGAUCCACUUGAUUACAACGUCAAUGCUAAUGUUUUGACCUUAACAGGAUCAUCAGAGGCUCAGGACAGUCAAAUUGCUGCUUUUUAUCAUGACGCACAAGUCAAAUUUGGGAAUAAAAAUAUUUUAGGAAUCAUCGCUGAGAGCAAUGAGCAUUUACGGUCCAAACGUGAAGUCACAACUGAUUUAUCAAUCCAGGAACCAACUGAAACUUUAAUUUAUGAAGCUCCUGGUAAAUGUCUUCUGUACACAAGAUCAGCACCAAUUUUAAGCUUAACUGAAAAGGGCGUAACAAAUAAUUAUGAGCUAAAGGAAGUUGUGACUGUAUCAGCAGAUACGAGAAAUGAUGAAGUCAUGCUUAUUGUGAAUUUUACUGUGUCUGGAAAUCCAGUGACUAUAAGCUUUAUAUUUUAUCUUUCUGGAGGGAACUGGUACUUAACUCAUAUCGAGUAUGGUGACAAAGCUGAAAAAAUCAGCGUCGUUGGAACUCGGCCAUCUGCUCCGUUCUUGUUCUCUUAUGCAUGCGGCGACAACUUGAUGUUCAAAUCAGAGAAUGUGUCACUGACAUUGAAAGGAUUUCAGGUUCAACCCCUCCUCAAUGGUGCUCGACAAUUCAGCAGAGCCUAUGACUGCACAGGAUUUAUGUCUGCUCCAAUCCUCGCAGGACUUUUUAUCACCGCAAUCUUACUUUUUGUAUUGACAAUAGCAAUAACUGCAAUUUUGGACAUCAAGACACCAACAAGAUUUGAGAAUCGCCAUUCAAAGCCACUGACAUUCAAUGUCCAGGAAUAAAAUUUGUUAUUUUGUAUUUAAAGUAAGGAAAUGACAAUAAAUUUAUAUUUUUUGAGGUUAUGUUGACCAGACAUGACCUUUUUACAUUC